AUGAAUUCUAGGGAAGAAGAUCCAUUAAAUUAAGUUGAUUUAGAUUAAGCAUAUGAUGUGCCAAAUCAAUAGGGAAAUUUGAAAUAAAAAAUAAAUGAUAUUCAAGAUAUUACAGCUGAAAAAUACGACGACAUUAAUCAAAUUGUCAAUUAUGAGAUGAGGGCAAUGCAAGAGAAGCUCGGAUUCAGAGGGGAAAGAACUCAAAUUUAUUAAUAAACAGCUCUGUUCGUGGCUGUAAUUUAGUUAAUAAUAGCCACAUUUUUAUCAAUGCUAAUUUCGCAAACGACGUUUUUAGGUCAUGCUUGGACAUUUAUUCCAUGGAUCUAAUAUGUAUUCAUCCUAACAUAUCUAUUCACUAUUGUUGGGAUUCAAUGUGUUCAAGAAAAGAUCUAAGAGGUAAUAAAUUGAAAUUCAAAUGAUAGACAAGAUAUAAUUUUGGAAUGAGUUGCAUACACGCAGUCUCUAAAAUUGUCUUAAUUGUUUUUAUAUCCAUAUGGUUUUUUGACAUCCGAGUGGAAAUAUUUUUGGUAGCAUUAGUUGCAAUUUAAGGCUACAUUACUCUUAAGAUAUAUAUUCCUACUCAAAAGCACGAGGAGUUUGAAUUAAAAGUGAAGGAUUUGUGGAAAAAGAUGACUGUAUUUUAGCUUUGUGUUUCUAUUUUCUUAGUAUCAAUUUCUAUUAUUCAAGAUGUACUUCACAAGAUCAACCUAUAUCUUUGGAUUUGUUGUGUUUGUAUCGACUCUCUUAAUAGGAAUUUAUACUAUCUUGUGUUUGCAAAGAUUUAAAGAAUACUCAUUUUUUUCAUUUAAUUCCAAUGAUUUAUAUUUGGGUGCCUUACAAUUGGAAGCAGAUAUGAUUUUACCAUGUGCAUUGAUUGUAUUUCAACAAAAAAAUAGAACUUAAACUCCUUCUCCUUACCCGUCAGUGAGGAGUGAAAAGGAGAAGGACAUUAAGGGAUAAGACUCUGAACAAAGAAUAGCAGUGCAAUCUAUAAAGAGUGUUGCUGAUUGA